GGAGUGGAGGUCAGGUCACCAUGCGCAAAUGAAACCAUCUUACCCUUACCCCCCCUGACACAAUCCUCUUCAUAUGGGAAAGCCUCUGCCUGCUCCUUGUGUUUCUAGACAAACAGACAUCAUCUUAUAAUAACCCACCUCACGCAACCAAAGAACACUCAUAAUUUUCCUUUCACUUUCCCCAAAUAUUGCACUCAUCAAUCAAUUUCUUCCAGAUUUUCAAUCACCUAAAACCCUAAAAUUUCCCAUCCUUUUCAAAAGAUUUCCAACGCUUUGAUGGAUUCGGAAGAUGAUAUGCAUGAUGCGAACGACGUUGAUUCUUAUGAUGAAGAUUACUACUACAGUGAUGGGAUGUACAGCGAUGACGAUGACGAUGCUGGAUAUGAGUUUAUGGACAACGAUUCUGAUGAUUCUGAUAACCUCACCGUUAAUCGUCAACAGAAAAAUUAUACCAUUUUGACAGAAGAAGAUAUACACCAACGUCAAGAGGAUGAUAUCACAAGAGUUUCUUCAGUUCUUUCUAUUUCAAGAGAUGCUGCUUGCAUGCUUUUACGCCGCUAUAGCUGGAGUGUCAACAAUGUUCAUGAGGCUUGGUUUGCUGACGAAGAGAAAGUUCGUAAAGCCAUUGGCCUGUUGGUUAAAACGGAUAUUAUAUCUCCAAAAUCUAGAGAACUGGUUUGUGGGAUCUGCUUUGAUUCAUAUCCACAUGAUAUGAUUAGAAACGUUGCCUGUGGUCAUCCAUUCUGUAGCACCUGUUGGACAGCUUAUAUUAGCAUGUCUAUUAACGACGGUCCUGGAUGCUUGUCACUGAGAUGCCCUGUUCCUUCAUGUGGUGCUGCCGUUGGUGUAAACAUGGUCAAUAACUUGGCUUCUGACGAAGAUAAAAAGAAAUAUCACCGUUACCUUCUUAGAUCUUAUAUUGAAGACAAUAGAAAGACAAAGUGGUGUCCUGCUCCCGGGUGUGAUUGUGCUGUGGAGUUUGAUCUCGGAAGUGGAAGCUAUGAUGUAUCUUGCCAUUGCUCGUAUGGCUUUUGUUGGAAUUGUACGGAAGAAGCUCAUCGUCCCGUAGACUGUGAAACCGUGUCGAAGUGGAUUUUAAAAAACAGUGCGGAAUCUGAAAACAUGAAUUGGAUUCUGGCGAAUUCUAAGCCUUGUCCAAGGUGCAAGCGGCCAAUUGAGAAGAAUCAAGGUUGUAUGCACAUGACAUGUACACCCCCCUGCAAAUUUGAAUUUUGCUGGCUGUGCCUUGGCCAAUGGUCAGAUCAUGGAGAGAGAACUGGUGGCUUUUAUGCCUGCAACCGUUAUGAAACUGCAAAGCAAGAGGGAGCAUACGAUGAAGCUGAACGUCGAAGAGAGAUGGCAAAGAACUCUUUAGAGAGAUACACUCACUACUACGAACGUUGGGCAACAAACCAAUCGUCGAGGCAAAAAGCGCUUGCGGAUUUGUAUCAGAUGCAAACUGUUCAUCUAGCGAAACUCAGUGAGAAACAGUGCCAGCCUGAAACACAGCUGAAGUUUAUUAUAGAAGCUUGGCUACAGAUAGUUGAAUGUAGGCGGGUGUUAAAGUGGACGUAUGCGUAUGGGUACUACCUUCCUGAGCGAGAACAUGCCAAGAGACAGUUUUUCGAGUACUUACAAGGUGAAGCGGAGGCUGGUUUAGAAAGACUUCAUCAAUGUGCAGAGAAGGAAUUGCAUACUUACCUUACAGAAGAUGCCUCUCAAGAUGCAUUUAAUAAUUUCCGAACAAAGUUGGCCGGUUUGACCAGUGUGACACGCAACUAUUUCGAGAAUUUGGUGAGAGCACUAGAAAACGGGCUAUCAGAUGUGCAUGCACAUGGAGCAUCCGGCAAGGCCACAAGCUCAAAGAACCCAGCUGAGAGUAGCAAAGGAAAAGGCGCAAAAGGAAAGAUAUCAGCUAAAAGUGGAGCAUCGAGCCGAAACUCAGAUGAUGCAAAUGGUUGGUCGUGUGAUCAGUGCACCUAUAUGAACCUCAGGACUGCAACCGCAUGCCAGAUUUGCCACACCCGUCGAUCAUAAUGCUUGGUAACCACCUUCUUUUUGUUGUAACGUUUUACAAUCGUCUUGACGGAGAAGAUCGGAAGCCCAAUCGAGUAUUUUGCAUUUGUUGGAUAGCCUUUUUUUUUGUUUGGAGGCAAGUAAAGAAAGAAGGCCGGAAAACUACUGGGGGUGUAUAUAAUUUUCGGUUUGUUAACCCGCUCCUAGUCAAAGAUGUAGAUUCUUUGCUCUGUAUAAAAGAUUUCUUUAUGAAAUAGAAUCUCGUUCUACAAUCGUUCUGGAAAUCGGUUCAUGUUCUCGCAUCUUAUGCAGCUUAAGUUAUUUUGUUGCUAAA